AUGUCAACAGUGCAGUCAACAGUUCGCGACCUCUUUGCCGUGCCGCCGCAGGGAGCGCCACAUCCUACAAGCCCAGGAUACUACUCAAAUGACUCCGAGGUGUGCAUUGUGAAGGGAUAUCUUUAUCAAGUUGAUGCGAAGGAUGGUCGGAUCCUACUAGCCAUAUUUAUGACGUGCCGGUGGGACCUCAAGCACUACCAGACAGACAUGCUGGCUUCAGCUUCUAUCUUCCGUUACAAAAUUUCUCUGACCAACAAACAGGCGGGUUUCUUUUCUUUUAAUGGAUCAGCGCCCGGGACAGAUUUGAAUCAGGCAUGCUAUGACCACCGAAAGAAGCGGGGCUCUUCACGUACUGCCGUUGCGAAAUUGCUUCAGUCUGGUGGCACUAAAUGCAGCUUCUUAACUUGCGACGAAGACGCACUGCGCGACGGGUGGUAUACCACAGGUAGUCAUCGUGUUGUCUUACCUGAUGUUCCAUGGCAUCCACAGAAUCUUAAGAAAAUGAUUGCGGUUUAUGCCCUUCUUCAAGUUGGCUUCAAACUUGACCUUAUGUGCAGUAGAAAUUCCAAUUACCUUGUCGUUGCAACUGGUAUUUGA